CCCGCCCCCGCCACGCCGCCGUCCUACCAGGUCUCCGUCAUCAUCCCGUCCCCAGACCUCCGCCCGUCCCCACUCCCGUCUCAGUGCUCCGAAGACACCUGUCCGGACCUGGAGUGCGCCAUCUGCUUCAGCCAGUUCAACAACGUCUUCCGCUGUCCCAAGAUGCUUCACUGCAAGCACACGUUCUGCCUGGAGUGCCUGGCGCGCAUCAACGUCAAGUCGGCCCAGCCCAGCGCCAUCCAGUGCCCGCUGUGCCGCAGCCUCACGCCCCUGCCCGCCCUCGGCCUGCCCAAACUGACCACGGACCCGGACGUGCUCUCCUUCCUGCCGGCCGCCAUGCAGAGAGUCUACAGCAUCCGCUUCCUCCGCAACAAAGGGAAGCUGGAGGUCAAGAGGUCAUCUGAAAGUCCUCGGAGGUGGGGUCAGAGGUCGCUGACAUCUCUGAGGUCAGUGAACCGCUCUCUGGACGUGGGGCUUCCCAGUCCGCCCGUGGGGGGCCGUGGCGAGGCGGGGGGCGUGGGCGUGGGCGGCGCUCUGUUCAGACUGACCGGCCGGCCGGCGUGCCGAGCCUUCCUCCUGACAGCCGUGGUGAUGAUGAUGGUGCUGCUGACCUGCAUCAUCAUCUUCCUCCUCAUCAACAGCAAGGACUUGGAGUGA